CCGGGAGCUUGUCCAGCCAGCCCCGCGCUCCGCUCGCCCGCCAGCCGCCCGCGCCCGUCCGCCGGCCGCCUGAGCUCGCCCCGUCGCCGCCUGCGCCCGCGGCAGCCCCCGCGGCUCUACAGCCGGGUCAUAGAUCAGCACAGCAAGUUCUUCUGCAAUGUCGUACAGACGAGAACUAGAAAAAUACCGUGACCUGGAUGAAGAUGAAAUCCUUGGAGCCCUAACGGAAGAAGAGCUCAGGACCCUAGAAAAUGAGCUGGAUGAGUUGGACCCUGACAAUGCACUGCUGCCUGCAGGCCUGAGGCAGAAGGAUCAGACCACCAAGGCGCCCACGGGCCCCUUUAAAAGGGAGGAGCUCUUGGAUCACUUGGAAAAGCAAGCAAAGGAGUUUAAGGACCGAGAAGAUCUGGUCCCCUACACAGGGGAGAAGCGAGGAAAAGUCUGGGUCCCCAAGCAGAAGCCGAUGGACCCUGUGCUGGAAACUGUGACACUGGAGCCAGAGCUGGAGGAGGCCCUGGCAAACGCCUCGGAUGCAGAGCUGUGUGACAUCGCAGCUAUCCUGGGCAUGCACACGCUCAUGAGCAACCAGCAGUACUACCAGGCCUUGGGCAGCAGCUCCAUCGUGAACAAGGAGGGACUCAACAGUGUGAUCAAACCUACACAGUACAAGCCUGUGCCCGAUGAAGAACCAAAUGCAACAGACGUGGAGGAAACACUGGAGCGGAUAAAGAACAACGACCCGAAACUUGAAGAGGUCAACCUCAACAACAUCCGGAAUAUCCCCAUACCCACCCUCAAGGCGUACGCAGAAGCCCUGAAAGAGAACUCAUAUGUGAAGAAGUUCAGCAUCGUGGGGACACGGAGCAACGACCCGGUGGCAUUCGCCCUUGCUGAGAUGCUCAAAGUGAACAAGGUGUUGAAGACGCUGAAUGUGGAGUCCAACUUCAUUUCCGGAGCCGGGAUCCUGCGCCUGGUGGAAGCUCUUCCAUAUAACACUUCUCUGGUGGAACUGAAGAUCGAUAACCAGAGCCAGCCCCUGGGCAACAAAGUGGAGAUGGAGAUCGUAAGCAUGUUGGAAAAAAAUGCAACGCUUCUCAAGUUCGGCUACCACUUCACCCAGCAGGGGCCCCGGCUGCGGGCAUCCAACGCAAUGAUGAACAACAACGACCUCGUGAGGAAGAGGAGGCUGGCAGACUUGACCGGGCCCAUCAUUCCCAAGUGCCGGAGUGGCAUCUAGUGUGUGCGGGUGCUGACCACGCCUUUGAACUGGACGUGUCCUACUGAUAAGCUGUGCUCUGCAGUGGAAACCGGAAGGCAAAGUGCCGGCACAGACCCUGCUGUGGUUCAGUUCUUUAUGCACUAAGGUUUUAGGUUAGCUAGUGGUUGUAGUUGAAACUUUUAUAAACUAUGGUUAAUGUGAAGUUUUUCUUUAGUCACAGAAGUUCAGUCUGGUUAUUAUUUAAAAACUAAGAAGCCCCCGAACCAGCAGAUCUUACUGAAGACGAUAUUAUAGCAGCAGUGACUUACCCCCUGGAGCCCCCCUUUGGGUGGCCUUGCUGUGUGGUGUUUCAGGUGCAUUUAAAAUACGAGGCAUGAAAAAACAGCACCCUCUUCCAUGUGGUUUAAAAGCGUUGUAAGAUACUUUAUUACAAAUUUGAUCUUAGCUCUCUAGAAAACGAGACAGAUCAACAUUCUUUAUUAACACUCCUUUAAAUUUUAAGAACCUCAAGAUUAAGGCUGCCAAACUGAUUUCUGGAUCAAGAACACAAUUUCCCCCCCCCCUCAAGAAAGAAAGACUGAAGCGACAAAGCUCUGCCAGGAAUCAAAGAACAUAAGAUUCCUUAUACUGGAUACAAGGAAAUAAUACAAAAAGCCAAUGGUGGAAUUUCAAAUUUUUAAAACUGUCCUUUAUUCUUUUCUUUUUAAAAAACCUAUUCCAGGCAACAAUCAUUUCCCUAUGUUCUUUAUGAACACCUGGGAUUUACUUACAAUUUGAUACCGGAGUCAGAAAAUUUCUUCCUUAUAUAAUGCCAAUCUUACAGUGGAUGUGAAACCUAUGGCCAAACACCUUUCUCUAUCGCACAGCGGGCCAAUGCCUCAUGUGAGAUAAGACACUAGAGAAACAAAUUUCUAGUCUAUCAUGGCUUAAGCUUACAGAAUUCAACUACCUGUCAUGUCACUCAUUUGUCAAGUCACCGCUGAUCUCAUGCCUGUAAAUUAAGCCUCUCAAGACCAAUGGUAAAGAAAAUCCAGAUGUUUAGGAAUCAGGAAACCUGGCCAAACCAUCCCUAGAUGAUUAUUCUUAAAAUAUAAUUUUGGCAUUUCUGCCGGAUCCCUUUUAACAUCAUGUGCAUCUCUUGAGAUCCAGCAAAAAUGUUAAGCCCAAUGCCCUUGUGCCUUUUAAUAUACCACAGUGCCAGUUAAACUAGUAUUUCUGUUGCUUGGGGAGUUAUUUUCAUGAGUGAUUCAGCAAAUCUUAUGAUAAAGGACAGGCCAAAGAGCUGAUGAGCACAGACAAAGCCGCAGAGCACUACGCAGAAAGGCUUUUGAUGAAAAAAGGAAAGUCUUGCACACUGAACUGUAAUGACGUGGACAGUACAGGGUAACCAGAGGUGGAGCCAGGGCCUCACCACUAUGGAGGAGUAUCUACUGAGGCUGCAGAUGGGCCCAGGAGUGGCUCCAUGCUGCAGAGACGGCCAGCUCCACUCGGCUUCUCCUUGAAACACAAUUGCAGCUGUAUUCUGCAUCACUGGAAACUGCAAUAUAAUAUUAAAUCUGUUGGUCUAUGAA